CCCGGUGGAUUCGCGUCAACAUCGUAAGAAUGUCUAAUUUGCAAGUCACCAUAGAACAAGUCGCUGCUGCAUUCGCCGCAGGUGCAGCUCUGCAACAGACCAUAUUGCGCCAUGGGGAGUGGGAUAAGUAUAGCUUCAAGCUAAUCGUGGGAGCCGGCGUGCUUGACACGCUUCUGACCCUCUUCGUCCAUGUUCGGUUGUCUGAGCCCCUGGUCACUGCCGUGCAGCAUGCGCUCUGCUUGAUCCUCACGGCUGUCGCAGGAAUUUAUCUCAGCAUGAUCCUGUACCGAGCCUUCUUCCAUCGGCUACGAGCCUUCCCCGGCCCUUUUGCCGCCCGCCUAUCAACCUUCUACAUGACUUAUCUAAGUGCGAGGCGCGGGCAGGUUUACGAGGACGUCAGGGCUCUCCACCGAAUCUACGGCGACUACGUCCGGGUCGGGCCCACGGAGAUCUCCAUCGCGGAUCCAGAUGCCUUUAACGCCAUUCACUCGGCUACCUCUCAAUGCGAGAGGGGGCCGUGGUACAACAUACUCAACCCCACAGUCUCCCUUCAGAUGGUGCGCGACCGCAAGGAACAUGCUCGCCGCCGCAAGGCCUGGGACAGAGCCUUUAGUAGCAAAGCCCUGAAAGACUAUGAAGGCCGCGUGGCUGGCUACACGGAUGAGCUCCUGGGAGUCCUUGACACCAAGACCAAGGGGGAACCCUUCAAUGCCGCGAAAUAUUUCAACUACUACUCCUUUGACAUCAUGGGGGAUCUCGCCUUUGGUAGAUCAUUCCAUAUGAUGAGAGACGGUGUUGACCACUACUUCUUUACGACCACGCACCUGAACAUGGUCUUGAUCGGCAUGUUCAGCCGUGUCGUUUGGCUGUUUCCCAUAUACAAGGCCACACCCAUCAUAAAUCACGAAUAUCACAGAUUUCAACGUUUUAUCCGCUCUACGACAAAGAGACGAAUGGAUAACGAGCCACAUGUCCCAGAUGUAUUUCACUGGAUAUUAAAGGAAUAUAAGCAGACCUCAAACCCAAGCUGGCAAGAAACUGAAGACCUCGUAGGGGACGCAAGCCUCAUCGUUGUUGCCGGCAGUGACACAACGGCCGCAACACUUACCUGCUUGUUCUAUCACUUCGCAACUCACCCGGAAGUGUACAAGACGCUUCAGAAAGAAGUGGAUGAGUUCUUCGCAGCCGGGAUGCUGAGUCGCGACUUCGACACUGGAGCCCUGGGCAAGUUACGAUACCUUCAGGCGUGUAUCGAUGAGUCCCUCAGGCUCUUCCCGCCUGUCAUGUCCGGCCUCCAGAGGCAGACGCCACCGCAGGGGAUUCAGAUCGGCGAGCGGUUUAUUCCCGGGAAUACCAUUGUGAUGACACCAACUUACACCAUGUGCCGAGAUCCCAGGGCCUUCCCGCGUGGCGAUGAGUUCAUUCCGGAGCGAUGGACCACCCAGCCCGAACUGGUCAGGGACCCUGCCGUCAAUGUGCCAUUCUCGGUCGGUCGUUUCUCGUGCGUGGGGAAGCAACUCGGCCUGAUGGAGGUCCGCCGGGUGACAGUCCUGAUCGCACGCAAGUUUGACGUCGCAAUGGCUCCGGGUCAAACAAAGGAGGCUUUCCUUGGCGGCCUGCGGGAUAACUUCACGCUUGCCACGCCCGCUUUGAACCUGGUAUUUUCGCCGAGGAGCUAG